UCCCCUAUCCCCAAAUCCCAAAACCUCGGGCCAACACCAUACCUUGCCGCAGGGCGCAGCCAUGCAAAACCUCCUCCAGCCCAGCGCCGCCGUGACGGCGUCGGCGGCGUCGUCGUCGUCGCGCGCACAGCUGCGGCGGCCCUCCCGCGUCUCCGUCCGCGCGUCGGCCUCUUCAUCGUCGGCCCCUCGGCGGGAGACAGAUCCGCGGAAGCGGGUGGUGAUCACGGGGAUGGGCCUGGUGUCCGUGUUCGGGAACGACGUGGACGCGUACUACGCCCGCCUCCUCGCCGGGGAGAGCGGAGUCGGCGCCAUCGAUCGCUUCGACGCCUCCGGAUUCCCCACCCGCUUCGCCGCCCAAAUCCGCGGCUUCUCCUCCGAGGGCUACGUCGACAGCAAGCUCGACCGCCGGCUCGACGACUGCCACCGCUACGCCCUCGUCGCCGCCAAGAAGGCCCUUGAGUCGGCCGGCCUCGCACCAGACUCCAACGCCAUGGACAAGAUUGAUAAAGAACGAGCCGGCGUGGUCGUGGGCUCCGGCAUGGGCGGCAUCAGAGCGUUCUCUGACGGCGUCGAGAACCUCGUCACCAAGGGGUGCAGGAAGAUAUCUCCAUUCUGCAUCCCGCACGCCAUAACCAACACCGGCUCCGCCAUGGUCGCCAUGGACGCGGCCGUCGGCUUCCGUGGCCCGAACUACUCGAUCUCAACCGCAUGUGCCUCCUCCAACCACUGCUUCCACAAUGCUGCCGACCAGAUCCGAUUGGGCCGAGCCGAUGUCAUGGUGGCCGGCGGCGCAGAGGCUGCCAUCGUCCCGAUCGGGCUCGGUGGGUUCGUGGCGUGCAGGGCGCUGUCGCAGAGGAACGACGACCCCGGCACGGCGUCGAGGCCCUGGGACAGGGACCGCGAUGGUUUUGUCAUGGGCGAAGGAGCCGGAAUACUGGUUAUGGAAAGCCUCGAGCAUGCAAUGAAACGCGAUGCUCCAAUUCUUGCGGAGUACCUGGGAGGCGCCGUAAACAGUGACGCUCACCAUAUGACUGAUCCAAGACCAGAUGGAAGUGGUGUUUCAACAUGCAUAAAGCGGAGCCUCGAAGACGCAGGUGUGGCCCCAGAGGAGGUCAAUUACAUAAACGCCCAUGCAACCUCCACCCUUGCUGGAGACCUGGCUGAGGUGAAAGCUUUGAAGCAAGUCUUUAGGGACACAUGCCAGAUUAAACUGAACUCAACCAAGUCCAUGAUUGGCCAUUGCCUUGGUGCCGCAGGCGGCUUGGAAGCCAUUGCCACUAUCAAAGCGAUCACCACUGGAUGGGUGCAUCCAACUAUAAACCAGUUUAAUCCAGAGCCGGCACUUGAUCAAUUUAACACAGUGCACAACGUAAAACAACAACACGAAGUACAUGUUGGUAUCUCUAAUUCGUUUGGAUUUGGAGGACACAAUUCAGUGGUGGUAUUUGCGCCGUUUAAACCUUGAUGUAUUGUGUUCGAUAUAUAGUUCUUCUAUCGGGAAAUCUGUCUUGGCAUGAACGAGGAGAACUUUCCUACAGGUGACUCCCAAGAAGUUACAAAAAGGAAACAUUUUGAAGGACCAGAGAGAUACAACCUAUUGCACUUAGGUAGCAUUCCUUGUUUGCCUUUUGGAGUAUCAUACUAGUACCAGAUAGUAUGCAGGUUUCCGUGGUGUUGUGUUGACUUCUGUCUUCUUGCAUAUAUCUAGCUCCACCAAACGAAUUUGUUGCAAAGAAUUAUCUCGAUUGUUGUAGUUGUUGGAACUAGCAGGUCCACUGGUGCAUUUGUACCGCUACAUUUUUAUGUAAAUUUGUAUUUUGUAUCUACAUGUUCAUUUAUUA